UAGAGCCAGGGCAGAAUCACAGAGCGCUGCUACUUGUGCGUGUAAAAACGCAGCAGCAUCGCACAGUUCCCGCAUAGUCACAUCCCACGGGCGGAUACACAGCAGGGGCAGCGGGGAGACUGGCACUGGGGAUAACCCCACAGCAGGCACACGGGCUGGACACUGAGCCGAAAGCCGAUUACUGCUCCACACGUGACGCCGCGUCGCCUCCUGUCCCCCGCCGGGCGGGCAGCCCUCCUGUCUGCUCCACGCGAGGCGGCCACACACUCCUCUGUGCCGCGGACACGGGUGGGAGGCGGAAGUAACUUUGGAAGUGCGAUCUGAUAACACGUGGGACGAGAGGGAGCCGGAGUCGGAUCUGGGAGAGUUGUUGCAGCGACCGGGGAGCGAUCCGACAGCGACAAGCCGCCCAUGAUCCCGGAGCCCGGGGGAUAAUCAGCGCUCGGUCACCAGAGGAGCCCUUCCCUGCUCGCCGGAUAACUGGCUCUGCAGCUCUAUGGGAUACAAAUCUGGGCUCUCCGUGCUGCCUGCACUGUGCAGCGCUCUCCUUCCAGCACCACAGCCAGGAGCAGCGCCGCUCACCCGGUGACACCUGUACCUGCUGCAGCACCACCACGCCCCAUACCCUGCGCUGUGCCCGCACCCAUCACCCUAUCACUAGUGCGCAGAGACAGGUGCAGAGCACAGCCCCGGGAGCUGCAGCGCACACUGCCACACUGACACAUAGCUGCCGCCACAUCCUGCCGACCACUGCGCCACUGUGCUGUUCCCUGGGGAGUGCUGCUGGGGGGGAGCAUGCCCUGAUCUCCGGGAUCAUGCAGAAGAGCGUGCGGUGCAACGAGGGCCACGCUCUCUAUCUCGCCCUCCUGGCCCGCAAGGAGGGCACCAAACGGGGCACCGUCAGCAAGAAGGCGACCGAGACCAGCAGGUGGCACGACAAGUGGUUCGCCCUCUUCCAGAAUGUCCUGUUCUACUUCGAGAGUGAGCAGAGCGGGAGACCCUCUGGGAUGUACAUGCUGGAAGGGUGCAGCUGCGAGAGGGUCCCGGCACCCAUAGUGGCCUGCGGGGGGAAGGAGAGCAUGGAGAAGCAGUACUACUUCACUGUCACCUUUGGCCAUGAGGCCCAGAAGCCAUUGGAGCUGCGAUGUGAGGAGGAGGCUGACAGGGAUGAGUGGGUGGAGGCGAUUCACCAAGCAAGCUAUUCAGACAUUCUGAUAGAGAGAGAGGUUUUGAUGCAGAAGUAUAUUCACUUGGUACAAAUUGUAGAAACAGAGAAAAUUGCAGCUAAUCAACUGCGACAACAGCUUGAAGAUCAAGACACUGAAAUUGAAAGGCUGAAAUCAGAGAUUGUAGCCCUCAAUAAAACCAAGGAACGAAUGCGCCCUUACCACAUCAACCACGAAGAGGAAGACCCGGAUAUCAAGAAAAUAAAGAAGGUUCAGAGUUUCAUGCGUGGAUGGCUGUGCAGGAGGAAAUGGAAGACAAUUGUACAAGACUAUAUUUGUUCCCCACAUGCAGAGAGCAUGAGGAAGCGCAAUCAGAUUGUGUUUAACAUGGUUGAGGCUGAGGCAGAAUAUGUGCAUCAGCUUUAUAUUCUGGUGAACUGUUUCCUCCGGCCCCUGAGGAUGGCAGCAAGCUCCAAGAAGCCACCGAUCAGCCAUGAUGAUGUCAGCAGUGUAUUCCUCAACAGUGAAACCAUCAUGUUCCUCCACGAAAUAUUUCACCAGGGUCUGAAAGCGAGAAUUACUAAUUGGCCUACUUUAAUUUUAGCUGAUUUGUUUGAUAUUCUGCUGCCUAUGCUGAACAUAUACCAAGAGUUUGUUCGGAAUCAUCAGUACAGUCUGCAAGUGCUGGCAAAUUGUAAGCAGAAUCGAGACUUCGAUAAACUCCUGAAGCAAUAUGAAGCCAAUCCAGCAUGUGAGGGGAGGAUGCUGGAGACAUUCCUGACGUAUCCGAUGUUCCAGAUCCCUCGAUACAUUAUAACGCUCCAUGAACUUCUGGCACAUACGCCUCAUGAGCACGUAGAGAGAAAAAGUUUAGAGUUUGCCCAGUCGAAGCUGGAGGAGCUUUCAAGGGUGAUGCACGAUGAAGUCAGCGACACAGAGAACAUUCGUAAAAACCUCUCUAUUGAAAGAAUGAUUGUGGAGGGCUGUGACAUAUUACUAGAUACAAGCCAGACCUUUGUACGCCAAGGUACCCUGAUCCAGGUCCCUUCAGUUGAGAGAGGAAAGCUAAGCAAAGUCCGCCUGGGGCCACUGUCUCUGAAAAGAGAAGGCGAAAGACAAUGCUUUUUAUUCACAAAACAUUUCUUAAUAUGUACGAGAAGCUCGGGCGGGAAACUGCAUUUACUGAAGGCAGGUGGGGUUCUCUCUCUGAUAGAAUGUACGCUGAUUGAAGAAGCAGAUAUGAACGAUGAUGACUCAAAGGGGUCUGGAUAUGUGUUCGGUCACCUGGAUUUUAAGAUUGUGGUGGAAUCCGUAGAUGCUACACCUUUCACUGUGGUUCUGUUGGCUCCUUCGCGUCAAGAAAAAGCAGCUUGGACCAGUGAUAUCAGUCAGUGUAUUGAGAAUAUUCGGUGCAAUGGCUUGAUGAGCAAUGUUUUUGAGGAGAACUCUAAAGUUAAAGUCCCACACAUGAUUAGAUCUGAUGCCAGACUGCACAAAGAUGAUGUAGAUAUAUGCUUCAGCAAAACCCUGAACUCCUGCAAAGUACCGCAGAUCCGCUAUGCCAGCGUGGAGCGUCUCUUGGAGAGGCUGACUGACCUGCGCUUCCUCAGCAUUGAUUUUCUCAACACCUUCCUGCAUACUUACAGGAUAUUUACCACGGCCUUUGUAGUGCUGGAUAAACUGGCUGAUAUUUACAAGAGACCUUUCACAUCCAUUCCAGUCAGGUCUCUCGAAUUGUUUUUUGCUUCAAGCCAAAAUCUGAGUGAUGGGAAAUCACCACAUCUCUGCCGCAAGUUUUCCUCUCCACCCCCAUUGUCUCUGUCCAGGACAUCGUCACCCGUUAGAGCUAGAAAAUUGUCUCUGAACUCCCCAUUUAACUCAAGGAUAGGAGCUUUAGACUUGUCCACAUCAUCCAGUGCAAGCAGCCCAACGUCCAUAUUCAGCCCAGCCACCUCACCGCCUCCUUCCACCAGUAAAGUACCUCUGGAUCUCAGCAAAGGACUCUCUUCACCAGAGCAAAGUCCAGGAGCCACUGAUGAAAAUUCAGAAAAUCCACGCAUUGACCUGUGUAACAAGCUACGACGGAGCAUUCGUAGAGCUGCUGUUUUAGAAUCAGUAUCACUAGAUAGGACUAUUCCUGAAAACAAUGUCUCUACGGACCCAGCAGAAAACUCUCCCUGCCGAUCUCCUUCAACUCCACGCCACCUCAGAUACCGGCCAGCAGGAGAUUCAACAGCAGCAAGCAACCCUCAGUUUACAGAAGAAAGAAGAAACCUGUGGGACUGUGGGGAAAUAGUGCUGUUCUCUGGUACAAAAUACACUUUAUGCAAUUGCCAGGUUCUACAGCUGGAACAGCGGAUGCAGACUGCUGACAACGCGCGCUGCUGUUCCGUCUCUCCCGCCUCAGCGUUUGCCAUCGCUACAGCCGCAGCUGGACAUGGGAGCCCCCCAGGCUUUAACAAUAUGGAGAGGAUGUGCGACAAAGAGUUCAUCAUUCGCAGGGCAGCGACAAACCGUGUGCUGAAUGUUCUUCGUCACUGGGUGUCAAAGCACUCCCAGGAUUUUGAAUUCUACCAUGAGGUAAAAAUGAAUGUAGUGAAUUUGUUGGAAGAUGUGUUACGUGACCCUGAUCUCCUUCCCCAGGAGAGGAAAGCAGCCAGCAACAUACUAAGUGCCCUUUCCCAAGAUGAACAAGAUGAUUGUCAUCUGAGUAUGGAAGACAUAAUUGCCAUGUCAGAAAGACCCCGACCGGAAGGUUUGGAAACACUGUCAGCAAUGGAACUGGCAGAGCAAAUCACUCUGUUGGAUCACAUUGUCUUUAGGAGCAUACCAUACCAAGAAUUCCUUGGCCAGGGGUGGAUGAAACCAGAUAAAAGUGGGAGGACUCCAUAUAUUAUGAAGACCAGCCAGCACUUCAACAAUAUGAGUAACCUUGUUGCCUCAGAAAUCAUGAGCCACCCCGAUAUUACCUCCCGAGCCUGCUCAAUCGAGAAGUGGGUGGUGGUGGCGGAUAUCUGCCGCUGCAUGCACAACUACAAUGGGGUGCUGGAGAUAACCUCAGCCUUGAACAGAAGUGCAAUAUACAGACUCAAGAAGACUUGGGCCAAAGUUUCAAAACAAACUAAAGCACUUAUGGACAAACUUCAGAAGACUGUCUCAUCUGAAGGGAGAUUUAAAAAUCUCAGAGAAACCCUUAAAAACUGUAACCCGCCUUCUGUACCCUACCUAGGAAUGUACCUCACUGACCUAGCGUUCAUUGAAGAGGGCACACCGAACUUCACAGAAGAAGGCCUUGUAAAUUUUUCAAAAAUGCGAAUGAUAUCACAUAUUAUUAGAGAAAUACGCCAGUUCCAGCAGACUCCAUACCGAAUAGAGCAUCAACCAAAGGUCACACAGUUCCUCUUGGACAAGUCUCACAUUCUGGAUGAAGAUACUCUGUAUGAAUUAUCCUUAAAAAUUGAACCCAGGCUUCCAGCAUGAAGAGUUUCUAUGCGUCUGUCUCGAGGCAACAGAACGUUUUCACUUCACAAACCGAAUUAUGCAUGCCAUGCCAGGCAGAGGAGCAACACCCUUUCAGUGGAAGCAGACAGUGCUGCAGGUGCUUUAUAGGAAGGACGAGAGAACAGAACUUGAGCGAGAGUGACGUCUGGGCGCAUUGUGCUAGUUCUAUUUAAAGAGUAUGCCAUUAGACAAGGAAAUGGCUAUGUAACAGCAAUGCUGACCUCACUGAAGGUUUGAAUAAAUACAAAGUGCAAGUGUUUGAGAGCUAAGUUACUAACUAUAGUGGCAAAAGAGGAUGUCGUGAACAGUAUGAUGUGUGCAUAUGGCACUGUGCUCUGAGCAGUCUGUUCACAGAAGAAUGAUCAGAGUUUAUCCAUAGGAGGGAGCAAUGACUAGUCAUGUGACACCAUACUGUAAUGUAUUGCAGACUACCGCAACAUAAACAACAAGGUUAAUUCUUUGCAUGAAGUAUAUUACCAUAACUACAUCAUAAAGAGACAAUAAGAAGAGAUUGAGUUCCAGUUGCUACACUGGCAAGCACAUAACUCAUCAGCAUCAACAUAUAUUCAUCAUGAUCAAGAGUCUUCUGUAUAUAUGUGAUACGUGCAACCAGCUGUGUCUGUGCUUUAUUAUUCCCCCUCUGCAAUGUAUGGAAGCACUGAGCACCUGGCACCACCUGAGAAGUGCUUCAUUGUUUUUUCUAUGUAUCUACUACUAAUACUGUGACUCUGCUGCCUGGAAUAUAAAGAACGUUUGAGUUAUCUUUCAUUCCUUAUUUUUAAAGACAUUUGCUUUUAUACUGUAGUUCAACAGCCAACACUUUGUUUCUUCAUUUUCCCUUACUAGGUGCAUAAGUUAUAAUUUUUUGCAACAAAAUGCAAACUGUUAUAUUGCCGUUUGGUUGCUUGUGUGAUGAAUGUAUAGAGGAAUUGUUUUUACACACUGAAUAGAUUGCUAAACAUUAUUUUUAUGGAUACUUUUUUUUUUUUUUAAACAUUUGAAAUGUAGGAUUGCAUGACGCUAGAGAAUGCUGUCACGUGGUUCAGGUGACCGUAAAAUCACAAAAGGAAUAUAAUUUAAAAUUGCUAAGAGACGAAAAAAAUCAUUCUUACCAAAUAAUAAAUGGGUUAUUUGUAGUGAUGAGCGGAUUCGGUUUUACUCGGUUCUCAAAACGGCAUCUUAUUGGCUAUCCAAAACACGUGACAUCCGUGAGCCAAUAAGAUGCCGUUUUGAGAACCGAGUAAAACCGAAUCCGCUCAUCACUAGUUAUUUGUGAUGGUCUAUAUCCGUUUUGCAGUCUUCACCUUGGAGUUUGCAUUGGUGCUGUGUGCUAAGAGGCCUGGAAUCUGCUGUAUAUGCCAAGAGAAGAAAAACAUUCACCUAUUAAUGUUAAACAAUUGAGCUGCAACAAAGUCAAGCUGCUGGUUGCUCAACACAAUUAUGUGGGGUGGACUUUUUCGGAAUUUAGACAGCAUGCAGUGAGCAACUUGGAUGUUCUGUCAAAAAAGGGGAGGCAAGUGCAAUUCACUGUUGCAAAUCCUGUCAUAUAAUUUGUUACUACUUUAGUUCCACUUUAAAUACGUUUAAAAAUGGACACACUUCAAUGAGCCUGUUAUAAUCAGGAAUCUAUAUUUAUUAUAUCCAUGGCCACUUAAAGGGCUGUAUCAAUAUUCUGGAGAAGGCAGGCUAUUCAUUCAAAAGCAAUUAGUGAUUAUUUCUUUCUUUUUUUCAGCCCAAAUAUGACGGUUUGUUUGACGUCAUAUUUGGGCUGAAAAAAAUGAACAUUAAUACAUAUUUAGUGUGGCUUUUAUUGCAUGUUGAAUAUAUUUUGACAGACAUAAUUCUUACUUGGUAUCAACAUUUGUAUUGCUGAUGCCACAUGACAUAACUCUGGGAGACUGUGCUAUAAAUCACCUUAGUACAGUUAAAUGAAGUAUAAACAUAAACAGAUUGAGGUACAGUUAAACUUAUGUCUAUUGGCAGAGAGUAUAUUGCGUGUCUUCCACCGCCAUAUGGCUGGUGCAGUCUUCAAUGUUGCAGAUGAUGGUGCGCUCUAGUAUGCGCCACAACGGAAUAGCGCAGCUGCAGGUGGGCAUCUCAGUGGGCUGGUAAUCACUCACGGCAUUUACAUAAAGGCACAGAUACUUUUGUGGAAAAAGACGCUGCAUCUGAAUCAGGCAGCGGGCUUUAACUAAAACGUCUACAAAUGAUAAGUGGUUGUUGCCCGGAUUCUUUCAUUUUCUAGGAUGCAAUAUAGAAAUAAUAGCUAGAGGCAGCACCACUUUUCAUUUAGGAAGCUUAAGUAAAUCUACCGCUAAGGGUCUGUGGGGGUAAUUCAGACCUGAUCGCUGCUGUGCGUUUUCUCAUAGGCUGCGAUCGGCUCUGCACUGCGCAUGUGUAUGCACCGCAAUGCGGAGGCGCGAUGGACCGCAGCAACGGGGAUCGCCGGGCAGUGACGGGAUGGUGUGAAAAUUCCGAAAGCACUGACGAUCGCAAGGAGAUUGACAGGAAGAGGGCGUUUGUGGGCAGGAGUGACCAGGCAUUUGGAGGGAGGGUUUCUGACAUCGGCUUCGGCCCCGAUCAUCGCAGCAGCAGAGUAAGUCCUGGGCUGAGCAGAAACUGCACAAACUUAGGUUUGUGCAGUUCUGCUACAAAUGUGUUUGCACACCUGCACACAGCAAACACCCUCCACCUGUAGGCAGGCGACUACCUGAUCGCAGGGAUGCAAAAACCACACCCUAGCGAUCAGGUCUGAAUUAGGCCCUUAGUUACUGGAAUCAUGACGCAUGUCUUGUGAUUGUAGAAUCUGUGUAAUUCAAGCUUAGUACUACAUAUUUACACAUGUUUACACCCUAGGAACAUCUCCAUUGGUAAUAACAAGUCAGCAUGUAUUUACAGUGAGUUACAUAUGUCUACUUUAUUUAUUUUACCCUUUCUAAGUAAGAAAGUAUUUGAAAUAGAAAUUCUUGCAUUAAUGUCUUAAUUAGUUAUUCCACUAAUAAAUAUCAGAUAUUCACAGCUAUGAGACCAAAACUUGGCAUCCGCAGAAUGCAUACUGUAUAUACUUAGCUUGUGUGGUAUAGUGAGAAACCCUGCACCCACCAUAUACGGUGCUGUGCUUUGCUGAAAUGAACAUCCACAUUCUAUCAAAUAUGAUUCCACACACUCGCCAUGUGUCUGCAUGGGUUACGUUUGUGUGACCGGCGGUCAGGAGACUGCCAGUCACAAUACCGGUGCCGGGAUCCCGGCAUCUAACAAUCCCGCCGGUCAGCAUGCCGACCAACAGGGACUAUUCCCACUCGUAGGUGUCCACAAUACCCAUAGAGUGGGAAUAGAACCUGUGGUGAGCACAGCGAGCCACCGAGCCUGCAAGGGGUUUCGUUGCGCUCGCCCCCCGCCAGCAUUCUAACUGUCGGGAUCCCGGAGGAGGUAUGGUCACGCAUAUCCAACCUGCUCAGCAUAUCAAUCCCUUCCCAUGUUCUUCAUAUAUCCUUGUGCCAACAUAAUGUUAUCCCUUGCAUUGCAACCCUAUACCCAGUAUAUACAACCCAAUGCAGUUCUACUAUCAGUUUCCUCUUACCUGUCAUCCCUUUCUGUGCAGUGGUGAAUGUUCUCUUCAUACUAGCAGCGAUGGGUUCAUCCUGCAAUUGUGGAACGCCAGUGAAGAAGAUGCACUGCAACUCCAUCCCAUACAUCUGCUGGGCUUUUCUCCAAUGAAAUUGAUGGACCACCCAGAACUAAUUGUUAUUUUGGAAACUGCAGCAUAAAAAUACGGGUGUGGUAUGGCUGACCGAUGGUCUCCUGGGAUCCCGGCGGGGAGGGGCGAGUGCAGCAAGCCCCUUUGUGGGCUCGGAGGCGACCUGCGGUCACCACGGGUUCUAUUCUCACUCUAUGGGUAUCGUGUCGUAUAGAGUGGAAAUAGUCCCUGUUGGUCAGCAUGCCGACCGUCGGGAUAGUGAGGGGGCGGGAUUUUGGGGGAGGUCACCGCCGGUCACAUGAAUACCACCCUAAAAAUACAACACCCAUAUGUGAUAUCACAGUGAUUCAUAUAACAUCAAAAUAUCUACAGUAUGUGUACUUUUACCUGAUUGGUACAAACAUGAAUAGCUCAGCUCCUAUAACGUAACCUACAUAGAACAUAGUUACAGUUAGUGUGACUGAUAUGCCAUGAUUAUGUAAUAUGUUAUUUAUUAUUCGUUCUAAACAUGAUUUUAUUUCUGCUUGCCAAGGAAAAUGUUUUGUAUCAACCCACUGACAUCUGUAUAUGUGUUAUAUGUAUAUAAUAAAACCUACAGGACUGGGCAAUAUGUGUACUGCAAA